AUGACAUUUAUAAUAACAUUUUUAUCGUAUUAUAGAACCAGCGAUUAUUCUCUAUCUAAUCCUGCUGAGAAUUAUAAUUUUAUCAACGACUUAUUUAGCGGUGACGACAAUUAUGUAGAUAGUGAAGAUGAUAUAAAUACAUCAGGGCAUUAUAAGCUUCUGAUCCUAAUUACAUCUAAAAUAGAAGAAUAUCAUCAUCGUAGACUAUUACGAAGGAUCUUAUUUGGCAUCGAAGAUAAUUUAGUACCUUGUAUGAAAUAUGACACGAGUAUUUAUUACAAGUUUUUGAUUCCUCCAUAUAACGUUAAUAAAAAAACAUACAGAAGUUUUGUGAGCGAAAGCGUGGAGUAUAAUGAUAUUGUUGAAUUUCAACAUUUGUUACAUUCGAAUUAUACUCAAGAAACUAUUCUUGAUUGGACUCAAUCGUUAAAAAAUUCAAACAUAUCGUUUGAUCACGCUGUACUUCUUGAUGAUUAUUCCAUAAUAAGUCUCGCAAAACUUAAAACGGUCCUUGUUUCUUCUAAUUACUCUCCAACUAAGCUUCAAAACAUCGUAUGGAGUAACUUUGAUGAUUCAUCCGUUGAUGAUAUGUUUGUAAUUCUUGGUAGUAAAGCUAUUUCCACGAUCCUAGCCAACAAAGAUCUUUUUUAUAACACUGAUAACCGAAACAUAGCGACUCAAGCCUAUUUUUAUAAUAAAAAUGAACGUCAAUCUCUUUCAAAUAACUGGAAUGACUUAUUUUUUGUUAAUGACAAUAAAAGUUUUAUCAUAUUUCCUAAUAGCUUAGAUUAUAUUCCUCAAAAUUCUACAAUAGCGGUUAGAAAACUAUACUCAAAGCAUGAACUCUCAUCAGUUUCAAAAUAUCUAUUAAUUUCACCGGUAUCGGCUUGUCAUCAUCAUAUUCCAUCAUCAAUAGCUAUAGUAACAAGUUCUUAUUUCCAUGACCGUUUUAGUAAUUGCACACCACCAAUGCUAGAUGUAGCCUAUAUGACGUCAGAAAACAAACGAAAGUAUGCUCAAAGACAUGGAUAUGCAUUUGUUUCAAGAUCCUUGGAGUUUCAACCUUAUCAAUCUUAUAAUCGCAAAUUGAAAAGUCGGGGAAGGAUUGAAGCUGUGAAAAAGGUUUUACCUCAUUAUGAAUGGGUGCUUUGGAUUGAUAAUGAUGCAAUUAUUACAAAUCAUGAAAUUUCUAUUCAAGGUUUAUUUAAUCGAUUUUAUCAACUUGAGAUAUCUAAAAAAAAGAAAAAGCAUAAGGCCAGUAAAACUAAUGCAAACAACCUGUCCAGACCUAAAAAAGAUACUAUGCUUAAUGCUGGUGUGUUUUUAAUUAGAAAUUCAGAUUGGAGUUUUGAAUUUUUAAAAAGAGUACAAACAAUAAAAGAUAUACACAAUGAUAAAAAGACUGAACAAGCAUCUAUGUGGAAACUCUUAAAGAAAUAUCCUACUUUGAGGGAUCAU